AUGGAGAAAGAUUGGAUUUCGAAAGAGAGGGAUUCGUUGGAGUAUGAAGUCGGGGUUGAAAAGUUUUUGAUUUGCGCCGAGCAAAACUGUAAAAAUCCUAAAAAAAUACCUUGCCCCUGCUGCAAAUGUGUCAAUUUCAAGAAAUUUCCGGUAAAAAUAAUAAGGGGUCAUCUUUACGAAAACGGUUUCAGUCUCGGGUAUAUUGAUUGGAUUUGGCACGGAGGCAAGGCUGGUAUUUCGUCUGCCGGUAGCACACUGCCCCCUCAGGAAGAGGAGCAUAAUGCAGAAGCAUUUCUUACAGCCUUUGAAGCCGCAUCGGAAGCGGUUGCUGCAUCAGAAGCGGUGGCUGCUGGUGCUUCAGAAGCUGCUGCAGUUUGUGAAGCAGCAUAUCGUAAUCCGGGGGAUAAUUCGGGGGGUGAUGAGUACGAUAAAGACUCGCAUGAUUUUAAGAGGUUUGUUGUCGAUGCUCAACAACCUUUAUUUGAGGGCAGCGACUGCACAAAAUUAGAUUCAAUGUUGAAAUUACAGAACUGGAAAGCGAGAUAUGGUGUUAGUGAUAGUGCGUUCAAUGAUCUGCUCUCGACAGUUGGCUCAUUCCUACCUCAGGAUAAUACAUUACCUGUUAACUCAUACGAAGCAAAAAAAACUCUUUCGAAUUUAGGCCUUGAGUAUACAAAAUUCCACGCGUGUCCCAAUGAAUGUGUUCUAUACAGGGGUGUAUAUGAGACUGCUUCGGAGUGUCCAAAGUGCAAGCUUUCACGCUGGAAGGUGGGUAAGGAUGGUAGAGAACGGUAUAAAGUCCCGGCAAAAGUUAUGUGGUACUUUCCGGUCAUUCCAAGAUUUAAACGGAUGUUUAAAUCUUCUUCGACAGCUGAGUUGUUGACAUGGCAUUCCACCAACCAAAGAAUUCAGGAUGGACAGAUGCGCCAUCCUGCCGACUCACCUUCUUGGCGGAAUAUCGAUUACAGGUGGCCUGCCUUCGGAAGUGAGCCAAGAAAUCUUCGACUAGCUUUGGCGGCUGAUGGUAUCAACCCACAUAACAAUGGGCUGACCAAUCGUUAUUCUUGUUGGCCGGUAACAUUGGUAACAUAUAAUCUUCCUCCGUGGUUAUGUAUGAAGAGGAAAUUUAUGAUGUUAACUAUAUUAGUCUCCGGUCCACAUGAACCAGGUAACAACAUUGAUGUGUUCUUACAACCGUUAGUUGAUGAUUUGAAAAAGCUUUGGGAAGAAGGUGAACCGAAUGUAUAUGAUGCCUUCACAAAAUCUUUUUUCACUUUAAGGGCGGCUUUGUUAUGGACGAUUAAUGAUUUCCCGGCGUAUGGUAAUUUGUCUGGCUGUGUCAACAAGGGUUAUUUGGGUUGUCCAGUUAUGGAUUGUUAUGGAUUGUUAUGA